CCUCCCUCCCUCGCGCCCGAGCUGCUGUCCACUCUCCUUUCUCCACAGAGAGAAAGCGCUUGGAGGGAUUACCCAACAUUAGCUUGUCGGCUAGCGGCUCGUCGACCGUGGCUGUCCGGCCGUAAAGAGUGAUGAAAGACUGUUGGAGUCGGUAAAGUUUGCCACGGCUGACCACUUUGGGGCUUUCAUGUACGGACAUACCGGUAUCAAGAAAAGCAAGUUGGCGGACCAUGCCGUCGCACUUCUCUGAAGACACUUCCACUUCGGAAAGGCUAACUUAAGAGCUAGCAGGCUGCAACACCAACAUUAAUUGGCUUUGGGCUCAAUGGCUAGCGCAUGUUUCCCCUGUCACAGCGACAGCUGGUAGAGUUGAAACAGGGAGAGGCUGUGUGAACUUCAUGCCAAUCCAAAAUCCACCUUUUUCCAAGUGUGCACUUCGGAGGACGCGACUGGAACGGCGAAAAUGAAGAAGCAGUUCAAUCGCAUGAAGCAGCUCGCCAAUCAAACAGUUGGCAGGCAAGUAUUGCAGUAGCGGAGAAAACAGAAGUUCUCAGCGAUGACCUUUUACAGAUUGAACGGCGGAUGGAGUUGGUGCGUGUGGUGUCCCACAACACACACAAAAGGAUGGUCUCAUGGCUACAGGGACAUAUUGGCGCAGAUGCUGAGAAAAGACAUUCCGUACCACGCCUCUAUACAGGAAAUGGUCAGAAAAAGCUUCCUCUGACAGCGUUGUCUCAGGCAAUGGUAGAAGGGGGAAACCAGCUCGGAGAAGACUCUUUAAUAGGGAAGAUGAUGGAGGUUUGCGGUGAUGCAGAGAGCCGUUUGGCAUCCGAACUGAUGCAACAUGAGCUGCAGAUUGAGAAAGACGUUUUGGAUCCACUCAGCCAACUUGCAGAGGUGGACAUCCCCAACAUCCUGAAACAAAGAAAACAGUUGGCUAAAUUGGUGCUGGACUAUGAUUCUGCUAGAGCAAGAUGGUUGCAGGCGACCAAGUCAAUAAUCUCAGGAACAAACACUCAAGCACUGACAGCCAAGGCUGACCUACUCAAGGAGGAGCUGGAUGAGGCCAUGAACAAAGUGGAGCUUUGCAAGGACCAGCUUGCUGCAGACAUGUACAGUUUCUUCUCAAAAGAAGGAGACUAUGCCUGCUAUUUUGUAACGCUCCUAGAAGCGCAGGCAGAAUACCACCGAAAAUCUCUCACUCUUCUGGAGAGUGUCUUGCCCACCAUCCAGUCCCAGCAAGACACAUGGAUGGAGAAACCCGCCUUUGGCACAGCGCUGGAUGAACACCUGAAAAGGAGUGGGAGGGAGAUAGCCCUGCCCAUAGAGGCCUGUGUCAUGAUGCUGUUAGAGACUGGGAUGACAGAAGAGGGUCUGUUCAGAAUUGCAGCUGGGGCAUCUAAACUAAAGAAGCUUAAGGCGGCGCUGGACUGCUCCACUUCACAGUUGGAAGAGUUCUACUCCGACCCCCAUGCUGUUGCUGGAGCAUUAAAGUCCUACCUAAGGGAACUCCCUGAACCUCUAAUGACCCACCAGCAUUAUGAUGAAUGGUCCCAGGCAUGCAGCGUAUCGGAUCCAGAUAAGAGGCUUCAGGCCCUGUGGAUUGUAUGCGAUAAGCUACCAAAGAACAACAAAAACAACCUGAGGUAUCUUGUAAAGUUCCUGGCCAAACUGACUCAGGACAGCGAUGUAAAUAAAAUGACUCCAAGCAACAUCGCCAUUGUUCUUGGACCCAAUCUGCUUUGGGCCAAGACCGAAGGGAGUUUGGCAGAGAUGGCUGCAGCUACCUCAGUGCAUGUAGUGGCCAUCAUAGAACCCAUCAUCCAGCAUGCGGACUGGUUCUUUCCUGAGGAUGUGGACUUCAAUGUGUCAGGCAUGUUUGCAAUGCCUGUACCUGCGUCUAAUCACCUGGAUUAUGACAGUGGCACUAUUGAGAGGAAGCGACCUGGCAGUUUGGUGGGACCAGAGACUGACACAACACGCAAAGACAAUAGCACCCCUAACAAGCAUUCGGACCACACCCUCCGUAGAGGCAGCACCACCUUAGGUAGAAAGCAGCACACCUCACCUGCCUUCCAGCCCCCUUUACCCCCCGUGGAGAUUCCAGGGCAGCAGGGACACGGCGCCGGGCAGGUCCCGCAGCCCUCGGCCGAGCCCCUUGCGCAAGCUCCUUCAGUGGGGACGGGUGGGCCUGACAGCUCCCAAAACUUGGCACAGGGGCUCGCUGCGCUAGCUGCCGCUCAGCAGCUUCUUGCGCAGCACACAGACGAACUCAGCAACCCAAAGCUUCGAGACCCCACAGCCGCUCCUACGCCCCUUCUCCAGCGAAAUGGUUCUGGAUCAGGAAGCCAGGCUGCUGGCCAGCUGGGCAGCGGGACCAGUGGGGCGGGAUCCAUGGGGUCCAGUCCGCAUAUGGCGCGCAGAGCUGAGAGGAGGCUCGCAACUCUUAACGCUACAAAGAAGCAAGCACCUGCUCCGCCCAAGCCUCCAAACCUUCUCCCCAGUCAGCAUGCGGCAUCAGUGAACCCUUCUUCCUCUUCCUCAAGCACAUCCCAGCCCCUCAGUCCCCCUCCAAGGCCCCAAUCCGGCCACUCCCCCACCUCGCCCUCGUCCCCUUGCCCUCAGCAAUUCAACACACCCCGGCGCCACUCUAGUAACCAGCCUCCAAUUCAGGCCCCCAACCAUCCACCUCCAGAGCCGCCGACACAAACCAGUUCUCCCAGUCCGAUUGGCAGCGAACAGCAGAGCACGGACCCCUCGCCCCCGGACUCUCCCACACCUCCAGACACCCCGCCACCCUCUGUUGCCUCUUGCCAGGAUGGGGCUCAGGUCGCCCCUCCUUCACCGUCUCCCUACCAGACGGGGUCGCUCCCCCGUCCCCGGCCCGUCCCUAAACCCAGGAACAGACCGAGCAUCCCACCGCCGCCACAGCCCGCCCCCAUGGCCAGCGACAGCAACGGGAUUUGCUCCACGGCGUACAAGAUGAUGGACCCGGCUAUGUCCUUCAAAGGACUGGGUCGGGCUUUGGUGUGCAACGUAGACCAGCAACCAGUGACAGUCUCUCCGUCGCCGCCACCUCCUAAAGACUGCGACCUGGACAGCGAGAGCACGGUCCUAUAAGGAAGGACACCAUGCAUCUCCUCUCUUUACACUCCUGCAUCCUGCUGGUCUGCUGUUUUCUCCUCCGUGCGGAUUUUCUGUGGUUUUGCAUCUUCAGUACGAAUCCGGCAUUCAAGAAAACAUCAAUUUUAAAGUUAAUUAGCAAACAAUGGAGGAAGGCUGCGUGUAAUUAGUUGUAAUGAUGUGGGAAAUUGUACCAAAAUAUGGAUCUAUGAUGGGAUUCUUUUUUUUUUUUUUAAGUUAAAAAUGGCCUUAGAACAUAAAAUGACAAAAGGGUUGGCAGGUGGAACCAAAAAAGUGGUGACUGCAGGUUUCCAGUCAUCACAAACACUCUUUGUCAUGCUCUUCUAUUUAUUUACCCAAACACACACAUUCCCUGUGGCUUGACACAAUCGAUGCAGUCAGUAGAUGUCAAUAAAGAAAAGCCUUAAUAGGAUGAAAGCA